GGAUAAGCCCAAGAAUGAAUGGUUCAUGGUUUAAGUAAGAGAAAGGGGGGUCUCAGGGUUCACCGAUCCUCUUGUCGGAGAGAAAACGAAGCCAUCUUUCCUCGUAUUCGAAGGAAAAGGAGCGGUUUGUUUGUUGGUGAUUGUGGGAUUUGAACCCGCCACCUGCUCGUAACAGGUUCGGGAGCACAGUGGACAUGGUCGUCAGGGGCCUGCGUAACACAGGGCUGCUAAACGGUCUCCCCAGUGUAUGCGCCCUUGACAGCAUACACCACGCCACCAGAACAAUGUCACAUCUUUGCUGCGAGCCUUCGGUGGCCUCCUUAGCAAGGCCGAUGGAGGCUUGGCAGCUCACCAGCAAGCCAACAGCAUUGAAAGCCUGUCAUCUGGCGAUUGCAGCCGUCGUCAAGUGGGAGGGACACUCCAGUGUUGCACCCUCCCAUCUACCACGCAGGAAAUGCAGAGCGGCGCAUCCUCAGCAUGGAAGUCAAGCACACUGUUCUUCCUGCAAUGGUUUCCUCAAGCCUAUUCACUCCAAAAAACAUCGUUCGGCGGCAGCGAAAGCAAGCCUCUGGGAUUCAAUUCGUUCCGGCCUUCUGCAGAGAUCGCCCACGGAAUCAGCGGAUACUGUCUUGCAGUAUGAGGAGGAAGGGGGGGGAGAGAAAGAGAAGUCGAAUGCCGGAGAGGAAUACCCUAAUGAGGAAAAGGAGGUGGUUCUUGUCGAGAAAGUGCAGGAUGAUGGGUCAAUAACAAAGAUUGUGUAUUUGUCGGGAGCGGAGUUGGAUGUUUAUCAGCUGGAAGUUCUUUGCGACAAGGUAGGUUGGCCUAGAAGACCUCCUAAGAAGGUAAAAGCUGCACUGGAGAACAGCUACCUGGUCGCGUCUCUUCAUCUCGUUACACAAUAUCCACAAUCUUCGGAAUCCGGGGAAGUGCGGGAAGAUCGGGUGCUGAUUGGAAUGGCUCGAGCCACGUCCGAUCAUGCAUUCAAUGCCACAAUUUGGGAUGUGUUGGUGGACCCACUUUAUCAGGGCCAGGGCCUGGGGAAAGCAUUGAUAGAGCAGACAGUUCGAUCGCUUUUACGGAGAGACAUUGGCAACAUCACGCUGUUUGCCGAUGCGCAAGUCGUCGACUUCUACAAGAACCUAGGCUUUGAAGCCGACCCAGACGGAAUCAAGGGUAUGUUUUGGUAUCCCCGGUUUUGAGCUGAUGGGGGAGAAGGUUCUGCUCUGCUUGUUCUCACGUGGUACCCGGGGCGGGGACACCAAAGCAGUGGGCAACAUCACGCUGUUUGCCAAUGCGCACGUCGUCGACCUCUACAAGAACCUCGGCUUUGAAGCUGACCCAGACGGAAUCAAGGGUAUGUUUUGGUAUCCCCGGUUUUGAGCUGACAGGGGAGAACUUCAAGGUUCUGCUCUGCUUGUUCUCGCGUGGUACCCAGGGCGGGGACAGCAAAGCAGCGGGAGAAAGGAAUGCCCGGAAGACCGGAAGAGGCUGCGCUUCUUGCCCUGUUUGACAAUCAUCUUUGUAUUCAGCAAAUCUAAUGCAUCCUGUCUCCUCCCCCAUCGUCUACAGGCCCGAAAAGGCGAGGCAAUCUUCAGAAUUUCAAGUAUUUUGUUCCUUCCUUGCCCAUUCUUCCCAGCCUUCCUUAAGGCUUGAUCUGCUUUCCAUCGGGUGGGUAGGCAGAUCUCAAAUAGGCUUGUAAGCUCGCGUGGCGAGCUGUGUAGCAUUUCUGUAUGUGCGCUAACUGUUUCUUUGUACAGUUUGUACAGCCUGUGCAUACAUGCAGCCAGAUCAUGCAUCAAUGGGUGCAUGGAAUGCGCUCCAUACGGGUCUUCGCACUGGCGACUUCGAGGCUACUUCAGACGUCUGAAAUGCGUAUCCAUCGUAUGUACACAUUUGUUGCUCUUCAGGGAAGAAGUUGUUUACAUCUCCAGUUUCAUUCUUCAUUUGUCUGACAUAUAAUGGUUAAUAAAAGUAGUGUAGCAGCAGCCGAUUCUGGCUCAUACUUUAGGUGUGCCUCUUGUUUACAUCUCCAGUUUUCUGGACCUUGGAUCACACAAUGAUACUAGGAUCAUGUCACUUAGCAUGCAUCCCUUCCUCAUGUCAAGGGAGUCAAUGCGAUAGGCGGCUUCAAGCUCGUUCAUCUGCCAGACUGGUAAUUGGUGGUUACCUCUUGGGGACGGUUGCCAUGAAGUGACAGCCAAGAUCUCUAGGGUUGUCUGUGUAGGUUCAAGGAGUGAGGCUGUUUGAUCGGGUUUAUGACUUGUGGAAGAAUCAAAUGUGAUAAAUGGCUCACGUCAAG